CCCGAUUGGAUACGGCGCAGCCAGCCUGCCUGCUGGGAAAGAGGAACGACUUUGCCGUGGCGCACGAUGGUCGAAGCUUGGUACAUGGAUGAGUCCCAAGAGGACCAGCGGAAAGUGCACCGCCGGGAGCCCAAUGAGCCCGUCAGCCUCGAGCAGUUGAGGCAGCUCGGUGUCUUCUACUGGAAACUGAAUGCUGACAACUAUGAGACUGAUCCAGUGCUAGCAAAGAUUCAGAAAGACAAGAACUACUCUUGGAAGGAUAUAAUAACGAUACAUAAAGAUAAGCUUCCAAAUUAUGAAGAGAAGAUAAAAAUAUUUUAUGAAGAGCACUUACACCUGGAUGAUGAGAUUCGCUACAUCCUGGAAGGAAGUGGGUAUUUUGACGUUCGUGAUAAAGACGACAAAUGGAUCCGGAUUGCCAUGGAAAAGGGAGACAUGAUCACGCUUCCUGCUGGCAUCUAUCACCGAUUUACACUGGAUGAAUCUAAUUAUGUGAAGGCAAUGAGGCUGUUUGUUGGAGAACCUGUGUGGACAGCAUACAACAGACCGGCGGAUCAUUUUCCUGUUCGAGCACAAUACCAGCAGUCUUUGGUACAAGCAGUACAAUAAAUGGAUGGGAAGGCACGAGAUGGAGAGUGUCCCACAACCUCCGUACAGUGGAAAUUAAAUGGCUUUCUUAAUGCUACCUGCUUAUUAAUGAGCCUUUUGGUUUCCUACAGCUCUAAUGUAGGGAAAGCAAAUAGGGACUUUUGGUUUAUUCUUCCUGAAUUGAUUGUGAAACUGUUGAUGAUUAUGGUUAAUUUUCUUAAAAGUGGGAGAGGUCCUUCUGAGCAGAUCUUGAUGUUGCAUUUAACCUUGACUAGUUAUUUCAAGGUUUUCCCUGCUCACUUCAUUGAAUAUUCAGUUACAUCCACAGAUUCAUAUUGUGCAGCCUUCCUCAACCUGGUGGAGGGCAGAUAACAGUACAACGGAAAUGCUGGUUACUACUUGAUCUUGUUUUCAGCGCUUUGAUUUCUAAUACAGAAUUUAUUCAGUUGAGAAUAGAUUUUUUUCCUUUUAAGAAUAAAAAUUUAAAACUGUUUAAAUUCUUUGAGUUAAUCCAAUGCUGAAGGGGAAGGGAAUUCCCCUUGCACAAGUGUCCUUGUACAUGGACUACAAUUCUUUGAGCAGGAACUAUUAAUAUCAGUGUUUUAAUGCUGCCUUAUUCUGCAGCAUUAUUAUGUUUCAUAAAUGCUGUAAUUAUUUUUUUUUGUAGAGGUUAUAAAACAAUGCUGUAUCUUAA